CCCCCCCGUACUUUAUUAUUUGCAGUGGUCUUGACUUAUGGCUGCUUCCUAUGGUCUUGUCCAGCCACGUAGGGAUCUAAUAAAUGAAAGUCAGUGGGAUGUAGGAGUCUUAAGGCUUGGUUUACAUUUGAAAAAAAUUAUACAACCUGAUGACAUAGCUGCACUGAGGUUGAAGACUUUGGGUGACAAAUCAAGAGAAGCAAAAAUAAGCAAGCAGAGGACUGUUCAGUAUUUGCCAAAGUUCUCUGCUGGAUUGGAAUUGCUCAGCAGGUAUGAAGAUACUUGGGCAGCCCUUCACAAAGGAGCUAAGGAAUGUGCAAAAGCUGGAGAGCUAGUGGAUAGCGAAGUUGUGAUGCUUUCUGCACACUGGGACAAGAAGAGGAGUAGUCUAGUAGAGCUGCAGGAACAACUCCAGCAAGUUCCAGGGUUUUUAGCGGAUCUGGAGUCCAUGACAGCAAAUCUGGCCCAGCUAGCGGUAAACUUUAAGGAAAUGGAAAAUCAUCUGUUGCAUCUUGAAGACCUAUGUGGACAGUGUGAGUUGGAAAGGUACAAACAUAUGCAGGCACUACAGCUGGAAAACUACAAGAAAACAAAAAGGAAAGAACUUGAAAGCUUCAAAGCUGAGCUAGAUGCUGAGCAUGCCCAGAAGGUGUUGGAUAUGGAGCAUACCCAGCAGAUGAAGCUAAAGGAGCGUCAGAAGUUCUUUGAAGAAGCCUUCCAGCAGGAUAUGGAGCAAUACCUUUCUACAGGAUACCUGCAGAUAGCAGAGAGACGAGAGCCAAUAGGAAGUAUGUCUUCAAUGGAGGUGAAUGUGGACAUGCUGGAACAGAUGGACCUGAUGGAUAUGUCUGACCAAGAAGCACUAGAUGUCUUCUUGAACUCAGGAGAGGACGAUAGCAUACUAUCUCCCAUUUUGGGGCCUGAAUCCAAAACCUGUCAGAAUGAAAUAAGCCUCCAGGUUCCAAGCCAGUCUGAAUUAAGGCAAAAAUUGUCUUCAUCAUCAUCAACCUGGACUGACUCUGCCAGCCAGGGUACCAGUGAAGUAGGAGAGUCUCCUGUUAUCCAGUCUGAUGAGGAGGAAGUUCAAGUGGACACUGCCCUUGCUGCUGUAAAUACUGAAAGAAAAGCAGCCUAAGAUGCUGGUUUUAAAAACAACCCUAUUAACAGAAUCCUGGCAGAGAUGUUCUGUUCAGCAUCUUAGAACUGUGAGGGUUGAGAAGGUUCUCAAACAAUCCUAUUGGCUGUUCAGCCCUCCACCAAACCAAGACAACAGUCUGAAAAUGGAAAUGGAGACACUGCACUGCAUUCCAAUCUCUAAAUAGAGUAGUUUGUAGAGAAUCUGGCAACAGAGUAAAGAGACACGAGUAGCACUGCGCUCCUGUGCACCAGGGUGCAAUACCUGGAAUAGGGAGCUAGGGCAAGACCCACUGCAGGCUCACUCUCCAGCCCCUUCAUUGGGCUGGGAUUACUCAUUCAAAUGUGAAGUCACACUACCCAUUAUAUUUUCAUUGCUGUGCCAAAUCUUCAGCCCUAGCCAUGCCUUAGAAACAGCUGAAAGAUCAGUCUCUCAGAAUGCUUGGAACACUGAAAGAGCCGCUCCUGCCAACAACAAACUGCUUCUUCCUGAUGUGUGAACUCCCAAACCCCCUUCUGUCCAGCAGCCUCUCUGCUCUGCUGCUGGUAUUGUUAAGUCUUCUGUUCUCCAGCAUCACUCUUAAACUACUGAAUCACACUGUCCCGACUGGUUUCUGACUUACCUCAAAUCACUACUGUGACUCCAUCCACCAACACUACAAGAUUACCAGUAAAGUUUCAGGCUGGAAUCAUGGCAAGUCAAAUUUAAUUUAAUUUAGUGAGAGCUUGUAUUGAAGUUACUCUAAAUUGACAAAUGAAACUACAUCAUAAUUUACAAGGGUCCCAACCCAAUAAAUACCUCCCCCCGAAUACUCCCUACCUUUACAGAUGAUGAGUUACAGCUCUCUUCUAACUGACGUCAUCUUGUAUUUUCUCUU